AAGACUUCAGACAGCAUAGCUAUACUUUACACUCGUCGAUUACUGGUAUCGCAACCACAAUCAUUUGUUUUCCAUUCAAAGUCUCAAAUAAAAAUUUGCACCAUGUUAACACAAAACAUUACAAAGUGCCUUGCAGUAUUAUUUAUAUUAUCAGCAUUGCUUGGAACUAUGAAAGCUGGUGAUAAUGAUAAUCAACCAAACGUUCAAGAAUCAAACAUUAAAGAAUCUCCACCACAACAAGCAUUGCUUGGAACUAUGAAAGCUGGUGAUAAUGAUAAUCAACCAAACGUUCAAGAAUCAAACAUUAAAGAAUCUCCACCACAACAAGUGAAUGCAAACGAAGUCCAAUAUCGAGAAGUCGUCGAGGCAGUUGGUACCAAUCCACAAGCAUUGGGCGAUUGGAUAUUUAAUGGAGUGGUCCCAGAACGUUCGUCCGUACCGUACGUGCCGCCAGAACAAAAUGAAUUUGGUUACGAUUAUGAUACAUCUUUGCCUUACACCGAAAAUCACAUGUCGUAAACAUGGCACGAUUGACAAACAUCAUGAAAACAUUUAUUUCUUUAAUAUUAUCAUAUUAAAUAUCAUUAUUAUAUUAUCAUAUUUUACAUAAAUCUAUAUUUUUAUUGUUUCAUAACCUAAUCCUAAAUUGGACAGUUGCUUUAACGUACAAUGGAUCUUAUUUUUAGUGGCAAACAAUUUAUUGUUUUAUUAUAGCUUAAAUACACAUAGUUUAUCACACUAGAUACCAUGUACAAUUCAAGAAUAUUAUCAAUUAUGUUUAAACUGAUUUAAAAAUAAUAAAUGUUUAUUAAAACGAAA